AUGCCCCGGAGCGAUGACGCACCACAGGAAGACCGGUCUGCUCCGUUGGACCCGCGCGACGCACCGCUGGCCCUUCCUGCAAAUGGGAACAGGGACUUUUACGAGUUCGGUGACGAGGACCCGGGGGACGAAGACCAACUGACAGAAGCUCACCAGAGGGUCAUAGAUGCUGCCAUACCACGAAGAGCUGACCGUGCGCUCACUGGCUUGGACGAGCCUUUCAAUCUGGACAACGUGCCGAUGAGCCUCACCACUGACGAACCGAUGAGCCAGGAUGAUGUGGGUCGUCACACGUUUGAGGCGCACACCGCGGCGGUGGACCGAAAUGAGACAGAGCGGGUGUGGACGAAUAUGAAGCAGCGGCGGAUCAAGCUGUCCGAACUCAAGCGCAUGAGCGAGGGGGUCAACCGUCGGACGAUCAAGGAGGCGGUGUCGCUGCUGAAGACGAGGACGAAGGUGGAGGUGGACGACAACAUGAUCAUCGAGCCGGACGAUCCGCGCCUGCACUGGCGAGGUGGCCCGCACUACCUUGACUUUGUGAUGUACGUACCUCGCACGCAGGGUCUUCCGGUCGCAUUGCCAAAGGCACGUUCGAUGCACAACUAUGUCUUGGUGCUGCAGAUCCAGCAGCAGAACAGCCAGAUGAAAGCGAAGGGCAAGGCCGGUUUUGAUACGGAUGGACGGUGCGCGUACUUUGGCAAGUACGGUCUGGAGAACCUCUGGAUGGUCUUUGCGCCGAACGUGUUCUUUGCGGACAUGUACGAUCCUGGACGUGCUCCGCCUUCGUCUGGCUACAACGUGAAGAAAGGGGAUUCGCGUCUCACCCCGACGAGGUUCAAGAUUUACACGCUCUUUGUCGUGCACUGGCUCGCUGAGAUCCACUACCGGGACAUCUCUCUGGCCGACCAUCUCCGAUAUGGGAAAGGGACGGACCUGAAGAAGUGGUCCUUUGACGAUAUCUGCAACAUCUUUUCGGGCCCCGCAAUGAACGUGACCCUCGCUCAGGCAAGGGCGUUGGACGAGUGCAUGCCGCGAGUGUGGAAGCGAUUUGUCCGGGAGAUGCCAGCUGCGUGGAAGGAAGAUAGGUUCUUCACGGAUCACACACCCCUCAUCAUGUCAGUUCGGUAUGGGCAGAACGAGGAGAUUGGCGUGCAGAACUCUCUUGCCAAUGAGCGGGAUAGAUGGGGUGGUGAACGUGACUGGUCUCGGAUUCGAACGGCGAGUUUAGCCAUUGCGACACACAUUGGAGCUCGGGUGGUCAAUGACUGGACACCCAUUGACCCGGACGACAUUCUCGACCAACACGGUGAUGUCUAUGACACUCACGACCGCUACGACAGCGAUGACCCCGUGGACCUGUACACAUAUCCACUUCUGGACCAGGACGGCAAGGAGAAUCCAAUCUACACCUACGAGGGUCGGCGGAUCGCUCGACGGGUGCCCAACGAAGACUACGACCCGAAGCUCAGCUGUGGUGUGCUCUGCGACUUGAUGAGCAUCCACGACAUGUACGACACUGUGGCGAAUGCUCGGCAAGCUGCCCGACGUCGACGGCAGCAGGCUGCAGGCAAUGGCGGAGACGGCAAUGGAUCUGAUGUGGACAACAGCGAAGACAAAGAGUUCCGGGCCCAGUUCAACGAGGACCAAGGUGUUGAAGGCAGCGAUGAUGAUGUCGACGACGAGGAAACACGGCUGGCAAAAGAGCUGGACGCGAUGGAGGCGGAACGUGGAAGUGGCAAGGCAUUCGCUGUGCACUCCUACCCACAGGCUUUGCUCGGCAGAUACGGGAACGUGCAGUCCACGCGCAUGUUCCAGCAGUACAACAGUACCAUCCUCGACAUCGAACGAGAGCUUCGCAGGGGACUCCCGCCCCCACCGGCAGGAUUUUCCAAGGAGUCUCUCACGACUCGAAAGGUCAUGCGUCGGUUCCUUGCCGUGCUUGAGGACGAGGCAGCGGCUGCUGCGGGGGAUGCUGGGUCGUCUCGCAAACGGCCAAGGGUCCCACCUCUGUCUGAACAAGAAGAAGCGGAGCUGGAGUAUGUGCUCGCCCACGGUGGACUGGGCCCGAUCAUCGAGGCAUGGUCGUCACAGAUGUACAACGCGUUCUCACACAGGAUGCGGCCCACCGCUCGCUCCCACGAGGUCUGCACGGGAAUGAUGACCCAGGCCUUCACCGGUGCAUGGGCCCGCUCAAAACCUGCCCAGGCUGUCCUCGCCAACUUGCUCAGCCGUCUCACUGGGCAGCUUCCGCACGAACGCCUGAAGACAUUGCUGAUGGAUGAGAGCGUCGCACGGGACCUACGACUGGAGAACAUGUUCGUGGUCAACUUCGACAACCUUCCACCUGAUAUGCGAACCGGAGAGGUGUUGUAUCGGAACAUCAUCAUCCAGCUCAUCGCACGAACGCUCAGCCCGGACAUCCAGCUGCCCCUGCGAGAGCACCUUGUGGUCUUUGAGCCAAAAGUAUUUCCCGCUGUGUAUCAUUGGACCACCUUCCCGAUAUCGUCCCUGCUGGUGGAGCUCUUCGAGGACUUUAGCCAAUUCUUGCGCGAGCGGAACAUCAUCCCGCCCACGCAAAUUGAGCUGGUGGCCCUUCUGGAGCGAUGCCUUGCGUACGCAUACACUGGCAGCGGCAAGGUCCUCAUGACGUCCCUAACUAUAUAA